AUGGCGGACGAAUUCGAGUGGUGUGCGAACAUCAGUGGCAUAUUCUCGGUGGCUAGUGUUUCGGCUAUGGUAUCCAACUUGAAGUCUUGUGCUUGGCAGCCACAAAUUGUUAGUGUGAUGAAAAUUUUGUGGAAUAUGUUGAUUCCUUUAAAGAUUCAAAUCUUUGCUUGGAGAUUAUUCACUUCUAGACUUCCCACAAAAGAUUUAUCGUUAUUAAGAGGAGUUGUCAAUAUAUCUAAUCCGUUUUGCGAGUUUUGCGGGAAUCAUCCGGAGACAUUGUCCCAUAUCUUCUUUUUUUGUCAAGUCUCUAAGAAGGUGUGGGAGUGGAUUUUCUUGUGGUUAGGGGAAGAGUUACCUUUUUCGAUUGAGGAGUUCAAGGAUUUUGAUGUUUUGCAGGAGAAGAUAAAGAUAGCUAAUGCAAGGGUGAAGAUUAACACUAUAUGGAUGACUACAAUUUGGAGCAUUUGGAUCAUGCGUAAUUCUAUCAUAUUCGAGCAAGUUCUGUAUAGUUUUGAUAUGGUGUUUUAUAAUGUCAUGUAA